AUGGGAGACAAAGCAAUUUUAACUGAAGUAUUAGAAGCAUCUAAACUUACUGACACAUAUUCUAGUUUAACAGCUUCAAAUAUCAUUGAUCAGUUAAAAGAAAGUAAAAGUAGCUCCUCUCAUUCAACAACUUCUGUACAUUAUGAAGGUUUAGAUGGUUCAAACAGUCAAGGAGGAGACACAAGCAAUGUGAAUGUAAAUAUUGAAAGACAAAAUAAUCAGAAACAAGAGGUAACAACAAAUGGAGUUCCUGAUGUAUAUACUGUAGAUGAUGCUGUUGAAUUUCUUGGCUUUGGACGUUUCCAAAUUUUACUAGCAUUUUUAACUGGAUUAGCUUGGAUGGCAGAUGCUAUGGAAAUUAUGAUUUUAUCAAUUCUUUCCCCAUCACUUUAUUGUGAAUGGGCAAUUACUCCAAUGCAACAAGCAUUAAUAACAACUUGUGUUUUCUCUGGAAUGAUGCUUUCUUCAACAGCUUGGGGUAAAUUUUGUGAUCGUUUUGGCCGGCGUAAAGGUCUUUUAUCUGCUGCACUUCUCACAUUUGCCAUGGGUGUUCUCUCAUCAGCAGCCCCAAAUUUUCAUUUAUUUUUAGCGCUUAGAGGACUUACUGGAGUUGGAAUUGGAGGGAUUCCUCAAGCUGUUACUUUAUUUGCCGAAUUUUUACCCUUGGCACAAAGAGCUAAAUGUGUUGUUUUUAUUGAAUCAUUUUGGGCAAUUGGGGCCUCUUUUGAGGCUAUUUUAGCAUUUUUUGUUAUGUCAGCAGGUUGGGGAUGGCGGUGGCUUUUAUUGUUGAGUUCUUUACCUUUGGCACUUUUUUCUAUUUCUUGUCUUUGGUUGCCAGAAAGUGCUCGUUAUCUUGUGGCUGCUGGCAGGCCAGAUUUAGCAAUUUCGAGUUUACAAAGAAUUGCUAAAUUAAAUGGACGUUCUUUGCCUCCUGGAAGGUUAAUUGAAGGGAAUAAAGCAACAAUAAAUGCACGGGGGAAAUUAACUGAUUUAUUUUCACCAACGCUUGCCGGAACAACUUUUAGGCUUUGGAUAUUGUGGACAGUUAAUGCUUUUUGUUAUUAUGGUAUUGUUCUACUAACAACUGUACUUUUCCAAUCUGGGGAUGAAUGUCAUGGCGGAAUAUCAAAACAAAUACUAAAUAAUUCAAUAAAUAAUGAAACAGUAGUAACAGAACCCCCAAUAAUUUUAGAAUGUAAACCUCUUCUCAAAAAAGAUUAUAUAGAUUUGAUAUCAACAACUUUCUCAGAAUUUCCGGGUUUAAUUUUAACUGCUAUAUUAAUUGAAUGGUUAGGAAGGAAAAGAACAAUGGCUAUGGAAUUUGGCGUUUUUGCUUUAUUUUCUUUUCUUUUAAUUUUUUGUGUUAAAAGGUAUUGGUUAACUACUUUUAUUUUUAUUUCUCGUGCAUUUAUUUCUGGUGCUUUUCAAUGUGUUUACGUUUACACUCCAGAAGUAUAUCCAACAACCCUUAGAGCUUUAGGCCUUGGAGCUAGUAGUUCUAUGGCUAGGCUUGGAGCUAUAGUAACUCCCUUUAUUGCACAAGUUGCUUCUGGAAAUUCUUUGUUAAUUCCCAUUAUAACCUAUAGUUGUGCAUCCCUAAUUGGUUUAGUAACAGCACUUUCUUUACCAAUAGAAACAAAAGGAAGGCAAAUGAUGGAAACACAUUAA